AGAAUCUAAUUUCCCCAUUUUUGGGUCUUUGCUGUUUCUUUCUUUGGUUUUUUUUUUUUUUUUUAAAAAAAAAAAAUUAAUAAAUAAAAAUUCAAUUUUUAAUUUAAAGUUUAAAUUUUUAAGCUUAAAACUGACCGGAAAAUUUGCAGAGAAUCUCACCGGAGAUUUUCUUUUUUGUGUUUGGUUACUCAGAAAGUGAAAAGCUUUGAGAUUUUUCUUCUUCAUCUGGAAAUGGGUUGUGCUGGAUCUUCACAGACCAAAGGCGAUGGGGCUGUGAAAAAGAUUCGGAAACCCAAACCUUGGAAGCACCCGCAACCAAUAACAAAGACUCAGCUCAUGCAGUUGCGUGAAGAGUUUUGGGACACUGCUCCUCAUUAUGGUGGCAGGAAAGAGAUUUGGGAUGCGCUACGAGCUGCAGCGGAAGCUGAUCUAACUCUUGCUCAAGCAAUUGUAGACAGUGCUGGUGUCAUCAUUCAAAGUGCAGAUUUGACAAUUUGUUAUGACGAAAGAGGUGCAAAAUAUGAGCUACCAAAGUAUGUUUUGAGUGAGCCAACCAACUUGAUUCGAGAUGGUUAAAUAACAAGAAUAGAGGAGAGGACUUUACUACCAAAAUUUGGGAGCAAGAUUUGAAUGUAAAUCCAUCCAAUCCAAUGUAUAUUAUAUAUUCUCUCAUUCACUUUCAUAUCUUUUUUAGUCUUUUGCUUUUUCAUCAUGCCUUAUGAACUCAAAUUUUUAAGAAAGUUUCUUGCUACUAUUGCUAAUUAAUUAGACAAGAAUGUUUUUUCUUUCACAUUUUGUUUUGGAUUUGUUUCUCAAGUUCUUGUUUUUGUUGUUAGGAUAAACCAUUAUAUCAAUUAAUAAGAAGAGAUUAAAUUUUAUA